AAUCGCGAGGAGAGUGGAUGAAGUCUGGCCGGGUUUUUUGUUAUGGGUGCGUGUGUCAUUAUUGCAACUUUUUCUUUACUUGGCCUUGUGGCUUGAAAAAAGGCUGGGUUCGUGUGAUUGUUUAGCUCAAGAGUUACAGAAGAAACUCUUCUGUACUCUCUGGUGUUUCUUGUGUCACUCUCCAGAUCCUGCGGCAGGCCAAGGCGUAGCCGAAGAGACGGAAGAGCAGAUGAAGAACAGGAAGCAAUUGUGGUAGAGUGGUUCUUUGGUUUGUUUUGGCUCUGGCGUCCACUUCCGACAACAAACAGCGAUUUAUCGAUAUCAAGUGCAUAGAUGCCGAGAGGAGAGCGAUAAGGAUUGGGUGUGUGAGUGCGCCUUAUCGAUAACGAGCUGAGCACCGAAAAUACCCAGAGAACAUGAGCCUCGAGAGGGGCACAGCCAAUCCAGCCGUGAACGCUGACGACGACGCCAGCAAUGUCACCAUCGGCAGCGUCUCCACGGCCGCCAAGCGAGACGCCGGCUCGUCUGUGGCCGACUGGAGCUGCAUCAACAACGACACACUCUCGCCCGACUCGGAGUACGACGAGGGCCUGGGCUUCCCGGACUCCGUGACCAUCCUGUCGAUGGUGGACGGGCCGGUGCUGGUGACGCGUGAGAAAGACGACGAGGUGCCACAGAGCGAGAUCCCCUUCCUGACAGUGUACAAAGAGCCGCAGGGCUUCAAGUCCAUCCAGCGCCGCCUCUUCAUUCCCGGCGUGGACAUUCACGUGCAUAUCGUGGACAACGAGAGGAGCAGCACUACGCACCUUCUCAAUCCCAAUCUAUACACUAUUGAACUAACUCAUGGGCCGUUUGUGUGGCGUAUCAAGAAGCGCUACAAGCACUUCUAUGCCCUGCAUCAGCAGUUGCGCGUCUUCAGGACGUCGCUGAACAUCCCUUUUCCCACGAGGACGCACAAGGAGCGUAGAGCGAGCUUUAGGAACAAUUACACAACGCCAGAAGAGCAGAAAGAUGCUAAGACGGGCAAGAAGAGACGCCGCGGCGCUCUUCCGCGCUUCCCCAACAAGCCAGACUCCCUGAUCCCGGUGGAAUCCUUGCCGCAGAGGAUUAAGCAACUCGAGGAGUAUCUGUACAAUCUCGUCAACAUCAAUCUGUACCGCAACCAUCACGAGAUGCUGAACUUCCUGGAGGUCUCCGAGCAGUCAUUCAUCGCGGCGCUCGGGGACAAGGGCAAGGAAGGGCCCAUACUCAAGAGAACGGGCUCCACGCGUCCCGGACAGACGGGAUGCAACUUCUGCGGAUGCUUCGCCGGCGCGUGCUGUAUCCGCUGCAGCCACUUCUGCUCGGACAUCCUGUGCAGGAAGUGGCGCGAUCGGUGGUUCUUCGUGAAAGAGUCCUACUUCGGCUACAUGCGGCCUAAGGACGGCGCUAUCCGCUGCAUCAUCCUCUUCGACCAGGGCUUCGAAGUGGCCUCGGGGAUUAUCGGCACAGGAAUGCGCACAGGUUUGCAGAUCGUCACAUACAGCAGACACUUCGUGGUGAAAACGUGGACGCGCCGGAAGGCGAAGGAGUGGAUGAGCUUCCUCAAGCAGUACGCCAACAAUCAGGCCAAGGACUUCACGCAACCGCAUCCACACAACUCUUUCGUGCCGCUGCGCGGCUCAGUGCUGGCCGGCUGGUUCGUGGACGGCGGAAGCUACAUGAGCACCGUGGCGGACGCCCUGGAGGGCGCCACGGAGGAGAUCUACAUCGCCGACUGGUGGCUGAGUCCGGAGAUCUACAUGAAACGGCCUGCCGUUGACGGAGACUACUGGCGAUUGGAUCAGAUCUUGAAGAGAAAGGCGGAGCAAGGCAUUCGCGUCUUCAUCCUGUUGUACAAGGAAGUGGAAAUGGCGUUGGGCAUCAACAGCUACUACAGCAAGCAGCGGCUGGCGGCCACGCAUGAGAACAUUAAGGUGCUUCGUCAUCCGGAUCACGCUCGCGUGGGUGUUUUCCUUUGGGCGCAUCACGAGAAGAUCGUCGUUGUGGAUCAAACGUAUGCCUUCGUGGGCGGAAUUGAUCUCUGUUACGGCCGCUGGGACGACUAUCGCCAUCGCCUGACGGAUUUGGGGAGCAUUGCGACGUCCAGUGCAGCGGGAAGUGCCACAAAUGAUCCGCUGAGUGGAUUUGUGCCAAGCAGGAGCGCAUCUGCGCCUGUAAUUGAUCCCAGCAGAGCUGAGAAGCCUAAUCUGCCGGCUCUGCAGCCGGGCGACAAGCUGAUGAUGCCAGGUGGAGCGACGUCUGACGAUGAGCUGUGCGUGGAGAACAUGAAGCUGAAUACGCCCGAGAUGGAGCGCCGAAACGUGCUGGACAAGCUGAAGGAGAACAUGAAGACCAAGGGCAAGGACAUCAUGCACAGGCUGACGUCAAUGGAUCCCGAGCCCGCGCGCAGUGUGCCUCAGAGUCCGUCGGAUCGCAACAAGAAGUACAACGUGACGAAGAGCAACUUGUUCUUCAACGACGACGAGCUGGCGGAGGGCAAGAAAGGCGACAGCAUCUGCGCCCUGCCACCGCAGAAUGCCAUCCUGACCGUGCUGGAUGGGCAAGCGAAGUACUGGAUGGGGAAGGACUACACGAACUUCAUUGCGAAGGAUUUUGCAAAUCUCGAUGCGCCGUACAUUGAUAUGAUCGACAGAGGCGUGACACCGCGAAUGCCGUGGCACGACAUCGGCGCCGUGGUGACAGGAGCGGCGGCCAGGGAUGUGAGCAGGCACUUCAUCCAGCGCUGGAAUGCUGUGAAGCUGGAGAAGGCGAGGGACAAUCCGGCAUAUCCAUACCUGAUACCGAAGAGCUACAGAGAUAUCAAAGUGCAUGAUUCAUUCCUCACAACGGCACUGCAGAAGGUGUCAUGCCAAGUGCUGCGCAGUGUCUCGAGCUGGAGCUGUGGCUUCAUCGAGUCUGAUGUGGAUGAGCAGAGCAUUCACGAUGCCUACAUCGAGACCAUCACGAAUGCCAGGCAUUAUGUGUACAUUGAGAACCAGUUCUUCAUCACGCUAAAUCAGGGCAACACUUUUGUGCGCAACCAGAUCGGCGAGAGUCUGUACAAUAGAAUCCUGCGGGCGCACCGGGAACGCAGUGUGUUCCGGGUGAUCGUGGUGAUGCCUCUGUUGCCGGGAUUCGAGGGUGAUGUGGGCGGCACGACGGGAAACGCUCUGCGAGCAAUCACACAUUGGAACUACGAGUCAAUUUCGCGCGGCAAGAGCUCAAUUCUGCAGCGCCUGCGGGCGGCAGGAGUCGAGGAUCCCAGUCAGUACAUCUCCUUCCACAGUCUGCGCACGCACUCGUUGCUCAACUGCCAGCCCGUGACGGAGCUCAUCUACGUACACUCGAAACUGUUGAUCGCAGACGACAAGGUGGUGAUUUGCGGCUCGGCCAACAUCAACGAUCGCUCAAUGAUCGGCACGCGGGACUCCGAGAUCGCCGUGAUCCUCACGGACGAGGUCUUUGAGGAGGGCAUGAUGAAUGGCAAUAGAGUGAAGGUGGGCGUCUUCGCCAGCAGUCUCAGGAAGUUCCUUUUCCGCGAGCAUCUCGGCCUGAUCGAUCCCGAUCCCGAUCGCAUUCCCAUCGACGUGUCCGAUCCCACGAUCGAUUCCUUCUUCGUCGGCCAGUGGCAGCGAACGUCGCACAGAAACACGAAGAUCUACGAUGAGGUGUUCAGAUGCAUCCCCACUGAUGCUGUGACAACCAUUACCGGCCUGAAGAAGUACGUCGAGGAGCCUUCUCUGGCCAAACUAGAUCCUGGAAGUGCGCUCAAAGAGCUGCAGAGGAUUCAGGGCUUCGUUGUGGAUUUGCCGCUGAAAUUCCUGGAGGAUGAGAUUCUCACGCCGCCCACAGUGAGCAAGGAAGGACUCAUUCCAACUUCCGUGUGGACAUAGUGCAGGAUUCUCUGCAAUUUUAUUCCUACAAAUGAGAUUCGACACUUUCCCAGUUGCUUUUUACAAUGAUUUUACACCGUUUGCUACGUUUUUUUUAUUUAUUAGCACGACGCGCAUGGUUGCAAGAUCAAAAGUAUUGAACGAUGGAUGCCUUCCGUGAAAUCAAAAGUAUUGACAUCAUAUACCGCAUGAAAACUGUUUGCAAUUUAUCCGAUGCCAAAAUGUUAAUAUUUUUAUACAGAAUGACGUUUUUUGUCCAAUAAAGUCUCAAGAGUCGACGUAAAGUGGAAUUUCAAGAUCUCAAGGGAA